CCCUCCUCCCUCCUUCUUUUCCUGAGCCGUAGCAUCUCACACAUUCGUGCCGCAACUCCAUCCAGCACCGCAGAUUCCUUUCCUUGAAAAUAAAGGCAUUAAAGGAUUUAUUAAGAAAAAAAAGGAAAAAGAGAGACAGGGAACGCAACACGAGGCAAGCAAUGCAAUCUUUUGAUCAUGCCUCAUUGCGCGUGAGAGCGAAGCAGGAUGAAUUUGAUCUGCCCCGGGGUCUUGGCGUACUUUUUCUACUUCGGAUUGUACCAGGUGAUGCUCCAGUGCAUGAUCGUGCCGGUUCACUCGCACCCGCAGCCGUGCCGCGUGCUCGCCCAGGUCGGUCACACCGUGCGCCUCGGCGUGCUCCUGCCUUCCCGCCGGCCAACGCGGGUGCGAGCCGCUCUGGACCGCGCGCUCAGCGCCAUGGCCGAGAGCGGAAACCACAUCCUGCCCUACAACCUGAGUCUGGACGUGGUAGCGCGCGAGCCGGCCGACGGUGACCCGGAGUCGCUUUUCCGGUGCUUGUGCCAGUCCAUAGUGGUGCAGGGGGUCUCAGCGGUGCUCGCUUUCCCCCAAAGCAAAGACGAACUCGUGCAGGUGGAAUUUAUGUCGUCGUUUUUGGAAAUCCCCUUCGUGAGCAUUAUCGAGCAUGGAGAGCCGCUCCAAACGGAGAAUCGAUUUCAUCUACAGAUGAUGACACGAGUCCCUGCAUCAGAUUUGGCGGAGCUUCUGUUGACGGUGAUGCAGCAGAGCGGCUGGAACGAGGGCAUGGCCGUACUCUGCCAGGGCUGGGAAGAAGCUGGCCUUCUCGACCUCCUGAAGCUACAUAGUAACACGGCCAAGGGCAACUCUCGGUGGAACCUCCGCGUUGCCCUUAAUCUCUCGGGUAGUUUAUUAGACCAAAAAGGCAUAUCAGACUUCCUGGAGCAGCACUUCAGCCUGGACCAGCAUCCUCCAGCCUCGGUGCUGCUUCUUGGCUCUGAUCCACAAUGCGCCUCUGCUGUACUGCGCAGUGCUCAUGACCUGGGUCUUACUUUACCUGCUAUACACUGGAUUAUGGGAUAUCCAUUAAGCCCUGAUGCCUUGCAUUCCAUUGGCUUACCCCUGGGGCUGCUGGCCUAUGGCGAGGUCGACCGCAAACCUCUGGACUUCUACAUUCACGAUACUUUAGAGCUGGUCAGUCGAGCAGUUGCUGCUGCCACACUCGUGCGGCCAGAUCUUGCGCUCAUCCAAAACAUGGUGAAUUGUUUUGAUAAACCCAAUAAACAUGAACUGCCUUCAUCUGGACAGUACAUUGCCAGGUUUCUCUCAAACACAUCCUUCACAGGGCUGACUGGUGCAGUUAGCGUGCAGCGGAACAUGUCACGUGUGCUUACAUCUCAGCGCGUGCACAUCUGGAGGCUUCGGCGCGAUGCUGUGGGCCAGCCCACCUGGGUGACGGUGGGCAGCUGGGAAGGUACCCAGCUAGAUGUUGAGGAACGAGGUCUGUGGCAGAGCUCAACCCCACGCCAACGCACAGAGGCACAAAAGGGUCGCGAGGGCAGCCGAUGGAGGCCCGGCUUCCCUGUUUCAGGGAGUCAUUUGCGCGUAGUCACCUUAGUCGAGCACCCGUUCGUGUUCACGAGGGAGGUGGAUGAGGAUGGCAACUGUCCAGCCGGACAGUACUGCCUGGAUGCAGGUACCAACAGUUCAGAUAUGUUGGAUCGUUUUUUUGCUACUCGAGCACAAGGGAAUAACACAUUUGUUCCAGUGGAUUACAGCAAGUGCUGCUAUGGUUACUGCAUUGACCUGCUAGAAAAGCUGGCCGAGGACUUGAACUUUGAAUUUGACCUUUACAUUGUGGGAGACGGGAAAUACGGUGCGUGGAAAAGCGGCCGAUGGACAGGGCUGGUCGGAGACCUGCUUUCUGGCGUGGCUGAUAUGGCCGUCACCAGCUUCAGCAUCAACUCAGCACGCAGCAAAGUAAUGGACUUCACCAGCCCCUUCUUCUCCACCAGCUUAGGCAUUCUAGUGCGCAGCAAGGACACGGCAGCACCCAUUGGAGCUUUCAUGUGGCCACUGCACUGGUCCAUGUGGGUGGGCAUCUUUGUAGCAUUGCACAUGACAGCACUCUUCCUCACUCUCUAUGAGUGGAAAAGCCCAUUUGGCAUGACUCCACAUGGGCGUAACCGCAUGAAGGUGUUCUCCUACUCCUCAGCCCUUAACCUGUGCUACGCCAUUCUGUUUGGCCGCACGGUAUCGAGUAAGACGCCCAAGUGCUGGACAGGAAGAUUCCUCAUGAACCUGUGGGCCAUCUUUUGCUUGUUAGUUUUGUCCAGUUACACAGCCAACCUUGCUGCAGUCAUGGUUGGGGAAAAGACCUUUGAAGAGCUUUCGGGCAUUCAUGAUGCCAAACUCCAUCACCCAUCCCAAGGGUUCCGCUUUGGCACCGUACGUGAAAGCAGUGCUGAGGACUAUAUGAAGAAAAGCUUCCCUGAAAUGCACGAAUACAUGAGGAGAUUCAACGAGCCAACCACCCCAGAUGGUGUUGCUACUCUCAAGACAGAUCCCCCUAAGCUUGAUGCUUUCAUCAUGGACAAAGCUCUCCUGGACUACGAGGUAUCCAUCGACGCUGACUGUAAACUCUUGACUGUCGGCAAACCGUUCGCUAUCGAAGGUUAUGGAAUCGGACUGGCUCAGAACUCGCCGCUCACGUCCAACAUUUCAGAAUUCAUCAGCCGCUACAAAUCCGACGGCUACAUGGACAUGCUGCACGACAAGUGGUACAAAGUGGUACCCUGUGGAAAGAGAGUCUUCGCCAUGACGGAGACGCUGCAGAUGGGGAUCCGGCAUUUCUCAGGGCUGUUUGUGUUGCUGUGUGUGGGCGUGACCGGGGCAUUACUCACUCUGGCAGGGGAACAUGCCUUCUACCGCUUGGUUCUGCCUCACAUCCGACGGAGGCAGAAAUUCAAGUACUGGCUCCACACCAGUCAGAAAAUUCACCGAGCGCUGAACAUGACUUACGAGGACGUAAAGCGCCAGAGAGCCAAUACAGAGAAAAGCUGUAAUAUUCAGAAGUCCCAGCCGGCACAACCUCCACCACCUCCGCCUCCAGGAUCCUUCGCCAAGUGGAAUAACGAGAGCACCCAUGCAGCCAAAGAGCUCAAGGACAACAAGAGGGUUCACUUUAACCUGGAGACGCUGAACACACGCCGCCUCCUCGCACGCGUUGUCGCAGAGGGCGGUCAGGGCACCUCUGGGUCUACAUCCGGAGCCGCAUCCGAAUCCAGUUCUGGAUCUGCACCCAGUGGAAGUCGGGUAUCGAGAGUGUGUGAAAACGGCGGGCCAGUGCCUCUGCAGCCACUCCCAUCCGCUCCACCUCACUCGACAGAUCCUCCCAAAGACGGAGAGCUGGAGGAGCUGCAGGAGAAGAUCGAAGAGAUCCGCAGUCAGCUGAGGGAAGCUUUGGCCCGUCGGGCCCAACUUCAGACUGCUCUCGCCAAAGAACGUGCUGCUGCUGUGAUUCCACUGACCCAGGAGGGGCCGCCCACAGUCACAGCCACGAUUUGCCGCUCCCUCGUCAAAGAUCUGGAAGGGAAAAGGUGAUGCUGUCGCUUUCAACACGGCCCCGCGAGGAACAACGCAACAACCAACUCAAGGCAUCUUGUUUUUGAUAUCGAUCCAAAGGCUUUCACUGAUGCCUAGAAUCUGCUGCAGUCCUCAUGCUCCGGCAUCAUCAGGCUCCAAGCACUGUUAGGCUUAUGAGAACACUUAUGAGACACCGAUUUUUCGUAAGUAAUUCAAAACUUCAGCACCCUAUCCUGAAGACCCAAAAGAGAAAAUUAGCCAUGCAGCUGAGGCCUAAAGACAUCCAACACUCUCUGGAUAUAAGGCAGGACACAUAAGCAUGGCUAUCUAUCUCAUGUCUCCUCUUGUGUGGAGAGUAUGCACAGGAUUUCUACAUGCUCCUCUCUGCAGAUUUGGUUUUUGGGGUUUAUGGGAGUUUCGGCUUGGGAUUUGAAACAUGACCUAAAUUCUGUCAGUAGUUAAGAAGACAAAAAAAACAUUUGGUGGGUUUUAAAUGUUUUGUUCAGUUAUGCAGUAUUUGAUCUGAAAUUAUAGUAUUGUUAAUUGGGCCUGGAUGUUUUUCACAAAUAAAGUCUAA